GACUCGUCCAGCAUCAGUGGGUACGAGAGACAGGCACGCGCACGAACGGGUCAGUCACGACAUCCAGGAAAGCCUCAGUGUAUUUUGUAUCGGAACCUGCGUGCCAAAUUGCUCGUUCACGACUUGCUCGCCACUCCCAUUUCACUGAAACAUGGAGGGGGAGAAGAAUCAAGUGACAUGCUAUCUUCUGUUCUCUCUGUCCACGGCUGUUAUUGGCUCCCUGCAGUUCGGCUACAAUACAGGGGUCAUCAAUGCACCUGAGCAGAAACUACGUGCAUUUUUCAACAACACAUGGAUGGAACGUUAUGGCAAACCCAUCCAGCCUGGAAUGUGCACUAUCGUGUGGAGUUUGGCAGUGGCUAUCUUCAGUGUGGGUGGAAUGGUGGGCUCCUUCAGUGUUGGUGUUCUUGCCAACAAAUUUGGCCGACGCAAUUCCAUGUUGUUCGUGAAUAUCUUUGCCUUGAUCGGUGGAGGACUCAUGGGGCUUUGCACUCUUGUCUCUUCUUUUGAGAUGGUUAUUGCUGGCCGCUUGGUUAUUGGCCUUUUCUGUGGCCUUUUCACUGGUCUCACCCCCAUGUAUGUGGGAGAAGUUUCACCAACUCCUCUCCGGGGAGCUUUUGGAACUCUACAUCAGCUUGGCGUGGUAGUAGGCAUCUUGAUUGCACAGAUCUUUGGCCUGGAGUUUCUGCUGGGCUCAGAUAAAUUGUGGCCUUUGUUGCUGGCUCUGACUGUGGCCCCUGCUGUACUACAAUGUUUCCUACUACCCUUCUGCCCUGAGAGUCCACGCUAUCUCCUCAUUAACCUCAAUAAAGAGGAACAGGCUCGCAAAGCAUUGGUGCGUCUCCGUGGCUGUGAGGAUGUGUCAAAGGACAUGCAGGAGAUGAAGGAAGAAAGUGUAAAAAUGAACAUGGAAAAGAAAGUGACCAUCCCUGAGCUGUUCCGCACAGCCACGUAUCGUCAGCCGCUUCUCAUUGCUAUCAUGCUUCAGCUUUCCCAGCAACUGUCUGGGAUCAAUGCUGUGUUCUACUACUCAACAGGUAUUUUUGAGUCUGCUGGUGUGACCAAGCCAAUAUAUGCUACCAUCGGAGCUGGAGUUGUGAACACUGUUUUCACUGUAGUGUCUCUCUUCCUAGUUGAAAGAGCUGGACGAAGGACUUUACACCUCAUCGGCUUGGGUGGCAUGGCAGUCAGUGCCCUGCUAAUGACCAUCACCCUUUCAUUGGACCGCAUUCCAUCUCUGAACUACGUGAGCAUUGCAGCAGUGUUUGGCUUUGUGGCUAUGUUUGAGAUGGGUCCAGGACCCAUCCCCUGGUUCAUUGUUGCUGAGCUCUUCUCUCAAGGACCACGGCCUGCUGCCAUGGCCAUUGCAGGAUGUUCCAACUGGACGGCCAACUUCCUUGUGGGCAUCAGUUUCCCAAAACUAAAGGAACUUUGCGGGCCAUAUGUUUUCAUUAUCUUCACGAUCUUCCUCAUCUUGUUCUUCAUCUUCACAUUCUUACGUGUUCCUGAGACCAAGGGUCGGACCUUUGAAGAGAUUGCUCAAGGCUUCAGCGGUGCUCCACCUCCUUCAAACACCAGUGUACAGGAGGUUGCUGUGGUCACAGUGCCUACCUCUACAGUUAAGGAAAAAGUCCCAUUGGCAGCAGCGAAUUCUGAAGGGAAGGAGGACCCAAGUUCCUCUGGGAACAUGGCUUCAGAAGCUGUGACUGGUGAGGGGAAACCUGAAUCUGUUACUCAACCACUGGUUACAUCUACUGCAGAGGAGACAUGCAAUACUCCUACUAUCCAGGAAAGUGUUUAGUUAAAAUUGAAGAUUUUUUUUUUUAAAUGUUAGAAUUGAACU